UGUGGCCAUUUUCAAGAGCAUAGAUUAUGGGUAAAUCCCCGACAGCAUCCGGUGUCAUGCGUAGAACUUGACUCUGACACAAGAAUUCGACCUGGAAGUACAAAAAUGUCUGAGGUCCGUACAAAGCAUAAGUAUUCGAUUCGAAACUCACGCAUCUCAGAUGACCAGCGGCAGCUGCCAAAUGCAGUGGACUACUCAUUCGUUUCCCGGGUUUCUGAUCCUGUUCCACUAGACAGGACUCAUCUCUACCACACAUAUCCCAUAACCACAACAACAUUUCAUUGUCACCAGCGUUGGCAGCUUCACGAAACGCUUGAGGGUAGUGAUGCCGUUUAA